AUGCCAGACCUCAAGCUGUUGCAGACGCGGAAGCCCGUCAAGCCCCACGAUGUGCUUACAUGCAUCUUGAAACUGUGGCCAUCGCUGGGCCCGGCCGCGAUGGGGCCGCACUUGUGGGGGGUAACGACGUGGAAACCAGUUAGCCACGCGCUUCUAGCCCAGUUGGACCCGCUCCUGGACACCCAGCGACACAUUGGGCUGAGUGUGGCCAUCGCAGAGUACCUUCUCGUGUUGUGGACUAGAUUCGACCCUUUGUUAUUUGGUCGGGUGGCGUUUUCUGGCCCGAGGCGGGUGUACCGGUUGGUGUGCCAACACGUGGUCAGUUCGCCCAAGUUGCUGGCGUCGUUGCUGCAACUCGUGUGGGUCGAUCCAACGUUGCUCGUUGCACGUGUCGGCGCCGUCUUGCAAGAGGCGCAGUCGCUUUCGACUCUUGAAAGUCCUUUUCAUGACGUGGCAGCCCCUACGCUCACCACGGACGCCACGCGAAAGGUGGCGUACGCAGACGCACUAAAACAGUUCGAGCAGCGCUGCUGCGUGGCCAACCCGCCCGCCGCCGCCUCCAUCCACGACCUCGUCCGGCUAGCCAAAGUCGCCUGGCACAGGCCGAGUGUCUCAUAUGUUCAUGCUACCCGCGCCAUGGACGCUUGGUUGCGCGUAGGCAAAGCGUCCUUGGUCCAGCUUAUGGCACCCACAGACGAGGACUUUGUCUCGCAGUGGAGUGUCGUGAGUGCAGUGGUGCAAACGUGCGUCGAUGUGGGUGUAGGAUGGAAACAAGACCCCCAGCUGGCCGACGUGACCGUGCGCAUGCACCGGUUCUUGCUCGAUGUGUCGUCCAAGGGUUCCAGUGGAGUGAAAAGACGCAUUUGGCGAGGCAACGACGCGGCGGCAGUCAAGCGCGUGAUUCGUACCAUCACGACCCAUGUGGUGGAGGUCGCAGACAGACCUAAACGCACCAAGUGGACGGUCCACCACCCUUUGCCUCAUACGAAGCGAAAGCGAAACACCGCGACGCCCGUCCGCAGUCGACACCCGUAUAUUGACGACUGUCUCCAACAAGAAGAGAGCGGGGACGACGCGUAUGCAGAUUUGGAGGACUUUAUCGUAGACUAA